AUGAGUGAUAGUUGGUCAAGAAGUCCUAGACAAUCAUCCACAUCAGGUUCCGUGAUUGGAAAUCUGUAUAUGCACUCGAAUAGUAUCCCUAAUGCUAAUCGUAGCCGUCGACCAUCAUGGUCUGAUGCUAAAAAAGUUUGGGAUAUCGGUGAUGAAGAAGAGAAUUAUUCUGAUUCACAUACACAAAUCUUAAAAAAAUUAGAUACUUAUUAUCGUAGAGUAAAACGUCAAAUUCUUGCAUUUCAAAGUUUAACAACUGGUCUUUUUCCUAAUCAUCUUGAACCAGAUAAAAAAAUUGCCCAUGUUGUGGAGAAUGUUUUUUGUGCUAUUGCUGUAUGGUCAUUACGACAAUGUUAUUGUAAAAUUGAUAAUGAUCAAGGACGAGCACAUGAAUUAGGACAAGCAGCUGUGAAAUGUAUGCGUGGUAUUCUUAAUUGUUGGAUGAGACAAGCAAAAAAAGUUGAAAUAUUCAAAAGUGAACAAUCAACAAAAGAUGCAUUACAUUCACGCUUUAAUGUUUUUGAUGGCAGUGAAGUUGAAGGUGCAGAUGAAGUUGGUCAGUUACAAAUAUGUGCUAUAUCACUUUUUUUAAUAACACUUGUACAAAUGAUUACAUCGAAUCUUCAGAUUAUUUUUUCUAUGGAUGAAGUAAAUUUUGUUCAACAACUUGUUUUUGCUAUUGAACGUGCCUAUCGUACACCAGAUUAUGGAAUAUGGGCACGAGGAAGUAAAUAUAAUACAAAUACAUGUGAACUUCAUGCAAGUUCUAUCGGUAUGGCAAAAGCUGCACUUGAAGCUUUGAAUGGUUUUAAUCUAUAUGGCGAUAAAGGAGCAAAUUGGUCAGUAGCUUAUGUCGAUGUGGAUGCACAUAAUCGAAAUCGAACCACAUUUGAUACACUUUUACCUCGAGAAUCAGCAUCUAAAAAUACUGAUGCUGCUUUAUUAUUAACAGUCAGUUGGCCAAUAUUUGCUAUUCAUGAUACAACACUUGUACAGAAUACCAUUCGAAAAUGUAUUAGAAAAUUACGAGGAACACAUGGCUUUAAAAGAUUUUUACGAGAUGGACAAUACACAGAUUUAGAAUCCAAAGAUCAACGAUUUUAUGAAACAACAGAAAUGAAGAAAUUCGAUAAAAAUGAAUGUGAAUGGCCAAUGUUCUUUGCAGUAAUGAUUAUUGAUGGCAUUUUUAAAAAUAAUCAAGCACAAAUUGAUGAAUAUUUGGCUGUAUUAAAUCCUCUGCUACGACGAACAACUGAAGUACCCGAUCGUAGGGGUUCAUUUACUGCUAUUUAUUCUGAAACCAGUUCACCCAAAUCACGUUCCAGUAGUAAAGGACAACAAGAUUUAUAUUCAUCACAAGACACUCCUAACAUGAAAAAUCUACCAUCCUCUCGUACUUUAACUUCAUCAUUAACAAAAGGUGAAAUGAUGGUACAUUAUUAUUAUGUUGAUCAUUCAAAACAACAAAGUAGUGCUCAAAGUGAGAGUAGUGAUCGUGGCAAUAAUCAACAACUACCAUUUGCAUGUAGCUCUGAAAUUCUUCAUGGAAAUUUUUUUCUUUUUGGUCAAGCUAUUUGGAUUAUUUGUCAAUUACUUGUUGAUAAAGUUUUAACAAUUAGUGAUCUUGAUCCUAUUCGACGUUAUCUAGCACCUAGUGAUCGACCAAAACCAAAUUCAAGAUAUUCAUCUAUUCAAGAUUCAUUACGCUAUCAAUAUACUCCAAAUAUACCAAAACCAAUAACAAUUUCACCAUAUGAUGCAGUUGAUGGAAAAAAACAACAACGUGUAGUUGCUCCAGCGAAUGUUGUUUUCUCCGAUUUAGUUAUUCAAGUUGUUGCCAUAUCAGAAUCUGUUCGUUUACAACAAGUACUAGCAACAUAUGGUAUUCAAACACAAACACCGAAACAAGUUGAACCAAUUUUAGUUUGGCCACCAGCAGAAUUAGUUAAAGCAUAUGCAAAUUUAGGUGUAAAUAAUAAACUUGGCUUUAGUGGACGUCCAGAUCGACCUAUUGGUGUACUUGGUACAUGUAAGGUCUAUAGAAUUUGUUCAAAAACUGUUUUAUGCUAUCCAUUAACAUUUGAAACAAAUGAUUUUUAUAUGUCAACUGAUAUGGCUUUAUUAUUAGAUAAUAUUCGAACUGAUUUUGAAUUUAUAACUAAAUGUUGGCGUCUCAAAGGUCGACCAAUAUAUUUGGUGAUGUUACGUGAACGUCAUCUUCGAGGUCCACAAAGAUCGGAUCUUCUCGAAUUAUUAACACAAAUUCGUCAAGGAAAAAUUUCAUCAAAUAUAUACGUACGACUAGAACGUCUACAGACUGCAAUAUCAAGUGCUUGUGUCGAACAUCUAGAUUUUCUAAAUGAUUCAAUGUGUACAAGUUUGGAAUGGCAAACAGUUGCUGUUCAUGAACAUAAAAUUACAUCUGAAGUUGGUCGUUAUAAAUCAUUAACAGACGUAUCAAAAAUGCCUAUUGUGGUUGAAGAUAUUGAUUAUAAUAAUCAUGAAUUUAAAAAUCGACAGGAUGACGAAUUACGUGAAUUUAUUAAUAAUGCAGAUACAUCGUUAGGUUCACUAAGAAAACAUGCAUUAGCUAGCUAUGAAUUAUAUAAACGUGGUGGUCUUGAUUGGAUGAUUCGAGAGAAUUAUCGUGUUAAAAAUCAUCUCGAACAUAUAUUAAAAGAAGCUGCAACAUUGCAACAUUGGGCUGUCAUUCGUUUUGUAUCUAGUCUUUUACAUAAAAUCGUUGAUAGUUUAGCUCCAUCAGUAACAAAUUUACUCGUACGAGGAAAAGCGGUUACUCUCGGAGUUUUUGGUCAUGAAGAAGCAGUUAUUGACAGACCAAUACGUCCGAAUGAAAUAUUUAAGAUACUCUACAGUGAGAAUGUAUUUGGUUAUAGUAUAUUUCAUGCCGUUCUGUUGCAAGAAAUACUUAUUGAUGUUGCACUUUUUAUGUCUACAUUUCCGCAACUCUUUAAUGGUAUCCUCAAACUACGACUUGGAUGGAUUCUUCAAGCAAUGAAACUCAGUUUAGAACAUUUGAAAGGUGAUGUUGAAGAUGCUGUGACAUUAAAUACAUUAUCACCAAACGAAGUCAAACAAUUACUUUAUUUUGUUUUAACAACUGAUUUACAACAAGCAUCAAUACAAGGUGCUGAUAUUGAACAAAAUUCAUCUUUUCAAAAACGUCAACUGGAUGGAGCAUUAUGUCGUGUACCAACUGAUUUUUUUGAACAUGUUUGGUCAAUACUUGAAAGAACACCUGGAGGAAUAAAAUUAUGUGGCGUUUUUCUUCCACAACAACCAACAUUAUCGGAUAUGACUGAUUAUGAAUUAAAUUUUUCAUUAAAAAUUGAAGAAAUGCUUAGUCGAAUAUCUGAUCCAGCCUAUCGAUGUCUUGUUGUCGAAAUGUUUGAAUUAAUCAAUGUUUUAUUAAAACGUAAUGCUGAAUUACGUUUUACUCAAACACUUGAUGCGGAUUAUUUAAUACGUGAAGCUGUUAAUUUAUAUCAACAACAAACAAAUUCAACAGAUCCAUUUAAAGAUUUCUAUAAUCUACCAAUGCAACUUGUUGGUGGCUCAACAGGCUAUAUGGUUCGAGUUAUUAUCAACUAUUUAUUUAAUGCAAAUAUGCAAAAAGUUGAUAGUCUUGAUUUAAAUAUGGGUACAAAUGCCGAUAUAUGCAAAAUAUCCUGA